AUGGCUACCUUGCAAGACCGCACCACUGUCGAGAUGGAACAGGCGCUGCAGAACGGGUUCAGCCUGUCGUGGCUCCAGCAGAUCAAAGACCAGGUUCCGGGCGCCGACGAAGAACUGGCGCACGAUCCCACCUUGGCGGAAAACACUUCCAACCUGCUGGACGAGUCGCCGAACCAGACCCAGCGGACGCGUGGGGCCAUUGCGCGCGAAGGAGUACCCCAGUUCUCCGCCUAUACCUUCCGCGACAAGAAGGAAGUCUGGGGCUUCAACCUGACCAAGCUGUACCAGGAGGCGGUCUCGCGGCAGUGGUCUUCGGCCACGGACAUCCCAUGGGAGACGCUGCGGCCGCUGCCCGAUGACAUCGAGGCGGCGCAGUGCCAGUUGGCCACGUUCUUCGCCCAGGUUGAGUUCGUAGCCGCCGACGUGCCGGGACGGUUCAUUUCGCAGAUGUCGCCGGACUACCACGAGGUGCGGAUGUUCCUGCUGACGCAGGUGAUGGACGAGUCGCGCCACAUGGAAGUAUUCCGCAAGAGGGCGCUGGCCAACGGCGGCGGCCUGAUGCGGAUGAUCGACUCGGUGAGUGACGUAACCGGCGGCAGCACCGACAACGCGCGGGAGUUCACCGAAAUGUCCAGCCGCCUGCACAUCGUGGGCGAGGGCAACGUGCUGACGCUGUUCCGCCUGGGCGAGUUGAUGGCGUACAACGACGCCGAGAAGGCCAUCUACCGGCGGGCCGCGCAGGACGAGGCGCGCCACGUGGCGUUCGGCGUGCUCCACGCCCGCUACAUGAACGAGUGCACGCCGGAGCGGCGGGAAGAGAUCCACGCGUAUCUGGACGAGGCCGAAGAUAGGCAGGCGACGGGCAACGGCGGCGAGAAUCCGGCGGCCCGCAGCGCGAACCUGACCGCCGAGUCGCUGGCCAUCCUGCUGGGCGGCGGCGCGGACAAGGCCGAAGAAGGCCAGAAGAUCCUGGCGGCGAUCCGGCAGCGGCAGGUCAAGGAAUACUUCCAGCGGCUAAAGUCGUGCGGCUUUGACGACCGCAUCGAGAACGGUCGGGUGAACCCGGCGCUGCUGGAGGUCUACCAAGCCGCAGCGUAA